CUUGCAGUGACACAUACCAGAGAGUACGCGGGGAGUCGCGAGAAAUCUGGAUGUACCAGCGCUACAAGCUCAUCAUCGACCUGGACCGGCGGGACAGCCUGCCUCCUCCACUGGUCAUCUUCCACUACAUCUACAUGCUGGGCCGCUACUUGUGCUGGUGCUGGAAGUGCAGAAUUGUCACUAAGAUCAAAGUGGCGUAUGGAGAGAAGACCUACUCCAGCCAGGACAUGGUGGAUGGGGGGCUGGAUGUUCCAGAUGGAGAGGAACUUGAUGAAGACAGGUUCAGCUUCUGGAAGUCCUGUGCUCACAGCUUCAACUCUAGCCAAAGGAAACAGGCAGCCCAGGAGGAUAAACAAAUGACACAGAAUGAUGUCUAUGAGCAGGUGAGCGAUGACCUGUCCCGCCUGGACGUCCGGGUGAGGAGGAGGCACGACCGGCUCCACGAUCGCGUCGUCAAGGUGGAGAAAAUGAUGCAGGAGAGCAUGCUGACUCUGGAGACCAUCAAACACCUGCUCCUGACAAAAGGUGGGUCACCAUGGUUACUGUUGCCAUGGGAACUGUUGCUAUGGAAACUGUUGCUAUGUAAGGUCGAAGGAUGAUGCAGGAGAGCAUGC